CUUUCGUUCCUGCACGUCGCAUAUCUAGCCAUUUGUCCUUUUUUUCUUUGCUCUUUUUCGUUGGGCCUAACGCAUCUCCUUUUCCUCUUUGCAAACCACCGGCAUAGGUUUUGCCAUCCCUUAAUUUGGAACGGCUCUCGCCUUCCAGCUUCUUUCCUUUUCUUACCUUCCUCGGGACCUUUCUGGUUUGCACCACACCACUAUUGUGUCUCCGUGGCUACGAUACCUGCUUCAACAGCACCUCGAGUACACGCGAAACGUCCACCGAGCGGUAACAACGACUUCUAUUUGAUACGAUCUCAACACUCUCUCUAUAUGCCUGCAUAAAACUGAAUAGCUUGCUUGCUUGCUUCCGCGCUAUCUCUCGACAAGGUACUACGCCGCGAAGAAUCUCCGAAAAUGAACAUACCACUCCGAUCCCUCAUUGUCCUCGCGGCAUCGAGAUUUGCAAACCGCCGCUAUGUACUCGCCAUUGCUGCUGUCAGUCUUGUAGCAGCCAAGACUUUCCACAUAUACGCAUACCGAGCAACUCUAUCCACAGCCCAGAUCCUUGAAUGGGGCUCGUCCUUCUUUUACCAAGAUACUCUUCUUCUUAUGCUCCUCCGCUUUGCCCUGUUCAACAACAUCCGAUCCAUGGCACUCUGCUCAACAAUAUUUUCCACGACCAUUGUCGUCACGUCCUUUACCAUCUCGGCCAUCAAUAUAGCGUUUUAUCUCGUAGCUGGCUCCGAGCUUCACUGGCGCAACAUUGGGCUCGCCGGUGACUCCUCGUCGUGGGCUGUUUUGUUUACGGGCCUGUUUUCUCUUGGUGUUAGCUCAGCUAGUAUCCUGGGUGCCAGCUGGGUGAUGCAGGAUCUCAUCUUCCUCAUUUCCACCAUGAUUCAGGACAUUGUUUCGUUUCCUCUUGUCUGGGCAUACGGCAGAUAUGGCCCUGCCAAGGGCCGCGUUACAAAUUCCCACUACGACCACGUUCCUGAAGAAGACCUCGAAAGCUUAACCGAAAAGAGCGAAACUCCAGAACCGACCGAUGACGAUAUGCAAUCCUCUUCACGACGACGAGGACGCAAUUGGUUCUAUGUCGCCCUAUACUUUUCCGUCGCUGCCUUCAUUCUUUACCAGUUUAUCACGUUUUGGAUGCAGCCCCGUGAGAAGGCGUACACGUUUAUGUCCUGGGCUGUUCCCUUGUUGCCCAUUAUGGACUUUGUCUACUCUGCACCGAGUCUCGCGAGCGUACUGCCCCUUGGAACUGGCUCUGUUGGCGAUAUUGGCGACAAGACAGCAGUUGCACAGCCAAUUACCCUCUCUUGGCUCCCUCAAAACGGAAGCGUCCCUGGUUUCGAAGACUGGUACGAUGCCAACGCUACGCACUAUCGCGCCGACAGCGACCCUCUGAAGAUUAACAAUCUCGACAACGAUUUUCUUCCCGAACUGAAGAACAUCAUUGCCGAUGUAGAUAUCCGACACGUCAUGCUCAUCAAACUCGAAAGCACACGCAAGGACGUCUUCCCGAUCAAGGCGAACGAUAUUAUAUGGGAAAAGCUGGAGGAAUCUUUCAAGAGCAAGCAGCUUCCUGCCGAAGCAAAGGAGCGUCUCUCCACGCUUACACCAGUGGCAAACUACAUCACUGGUGACUAUGACGAUGGCUUUGAACACAAUGAGACCAGAAAGCGAGGUGGUAUCAACGCUAAAAAUGCGCAUACAACCGGAACAUACACACUCAAAAGCUUGGUUGGCACGCUUUGUGGCAUUACACCUCUGGUAGCCGAUCUCAAUAUUGAGUUUGAAAACCACAUCUACCAGCCCUGUUUGGCGCAAGUAUUUGACAUGUUCAACAAAUUGGAUGUCCAAAAGCAGGGCAAGGGCGAAAAAGAGUACGCAUCCUUCCCAUGGCGCACAUCGUUUAUGCAGUCCACCACUGGUGGCUACGAUAAACAAGACCUUCUUAUGCCUCACCUGGGAUAUCCUGGCGAGAAAUUUCUCCAGGGCGAAUACCUCAAAUCCGACGACGCAAAGUUCGGAAAGGCGGAGCUGGAGGAUGUCAAUUACUAUGGAAUGCCCGAGAUUGCUCUGGAAAAGUACAUGAAUGACAUUUUUGAGCAAGCCAAAAAGAACGAUGAGCGAGUAUUUUUGACGCACCUUACCAGCACAGCACACCAUCCCUUUGGCAUUCCCAAGGAUGCAGGCUACGUUAAACUAAAUGAGGACGACAACAGAGACGACCUAUCAGCGUACGCGAACGCCAUUGGCUACGUCGACUCGUGGCUGGGCAAGGUCCUAGAAAUUCUGGACAAGCAAGGCGUUGCCAACGAAACAUUGCUCGUCUUUGUUGGCGACCAUGGUCUGUCGAUUGCCGAAGACGGCUCCGUUACACCGUACUAUAGACCAAACAUUGGCAACUUCCACGUUCCACUUGUUGUAUCUCACCCAAGUCUCCCUGCUAUUGAUCUGGAGAACUCCGUCAACUCGAUUCAAAUUGUCCCCACCAUCCUCGAUCUUCUUCUCUCUACGAAUUCGCUAUCCAAGCCACAAGCCAAGGCGGCCACCGACCUGGUGCACAACUAUGAAGGCCAAUCGCUCAUUCGACCGAUGAAGAUGGUGUCUGAUAACUCUGGUCAAGGAGCAUGGCAAUUUAGCGUCAUGAACACGGGCAGAGCACAGCUCGCUAUUCGCGAUGGCCGUCACCCUGAAUGGCGCAUUGUAGUGCCCAUUGUUGACAAUAUCGCAUGGAGAUUCACAGAUGUGGCCAAGAAUCCUCACGAAAUCGAGACUAUUGAAGACUUUGGCUUCAUGGCGUUUAUUGAAAAGGUUACGUCCAAGGCUGGCUCCGAAGCAGGCGCUUGGAUUCAGGAGGCUGCCUUUGUUGCAAAGUGGUGGGUUGACGACAAUGCGCGCCGCUACAGAUACAAGGGUUAACCGUGUUUCGGAUUGACCAACUUUGGUUCGUAUUCAUGAGGAGAGUCUACGUUGCUUUUUCACGUUAUUGUAUAUAUUACCUCUCAAACUAGUACAUUUCUUGGCUUGCAAAUGUAUAGUUUUGGAUAUUUACCUAGCAGCCAUUUUACUUUUCAGCAAAAGUUUGUAUAAUAGAACUAUUAGACACAU